AUGGCUACCAUCUCGCUCAUGAGUACGCAAGCGAAGCGAAGCACGAAGCAUCGGCGCAUCGACCGACUCGAGCGAGACAAGUCCUCCGCCCAAAUCCCACCACCAGGCACACCGCAGCCAGCCAGCCAGAUUCGUUUCUCCCAUCGUUCGUCCCCCCCACUACUUAACAUGCCCCCAACACAGCCCAGCGACGAGGUGCGGCGGAAGGGCCAUACGAGGAGGAAGGAUGGUUGCCUCACUUGCCGCAAGCGCCGCGUAGGAUGUACCCGUGAACGCCCGCAAUGCGCGCACUGCACGCGCCUGUCGCUCAAGUGUACCUGGCCCAUCGAGUCGGACGUCAACGACCCGAACCACCAGCCGUUACGCCGGAGGGCGGGCGCGGCGCCGCAGCGCAGCCGGUCGCGUAGCCCGCCGCGGAGCAGUAACGAUGAAGGCGAGAACAAGUGGUCCGCGCCGGCGUUCAACACGUCCUCGGCGUCGGUGCUCCCCUUACUCGCCGACGUGGCCGCCUCGGCCCCAAUGGCAGCAGCGGCGCGCCAGCUGCAUUUGCCCCCCGUGGCCGACCUGCCACUGACCCAGCUCCCGCCGGGCCUGUUCGACUUUGCGCUCUCGGCCCCUGAGGACCCGUUCGGGCUUGGCACAGUCGACCUGGCCGCGUUCCCGCGCGACGCGCUCGACGCGGCCGUGGCGGCGAGCUUGAACGUGUUCAGCGGCGUGCCGCAGCAGCCUGUCGUGCCGUUCACGCCUGUGACUGCCGCGAGCACGACGAGCACGCCGGGCGCGGGGGCCAACUCGCCUGUCGUGCUCCAGCUCGAGGACCAGCCGUAUAUCGCGUUCUAUCUCGAGCGGUCGAGUCAGUGGGCCAAGAUGAGAGGGCCCCACCUUCCCAACCACUUCCUGUCCGUCUUCGCGGUCUCGCUCUUCUUCCCGCCGCUCUACUUUGGCAUCCUCGCCUGGUCGGCGCUCUCCCUCGGCCUGUCCCUCCCCUCCCUGGACGCACGGCGAGAGCAAGCCCUGUCCUACGCGCAGGCCAAGCACGAGGCAUGUUUCCUCGCGCUGUCGUCGCACCUUGCGUCUGACAGCACGGACAACAUUGAACCCGUGCUGAGCGCCAUCAAGGUGUACUGCCAGUACGAGAUCGGGCUGGGCAACGACCCGUCGAGCAUCCAGGGCCUGCUCGAUCUGGCCAAGUAUCUCUGCGUGCGGCCGUCCGAGACGCUCGCCCACCUCACCGUCAUGGGCCAGCGUAUGGCCGUGCUCCUGUCUUCGUUCGACGUCCGCGCGAGCAUGUUCCACAGAGGCAAGGCAGAGUAUACGUUCGAGCUGGCGCACUCGCUGCUCGACACGCCGCUCGCCGACUCGUGGCACCCCGAGUCGAUGCAGCUCCUCCGGCUCAACCACUUCAGUGCGCAGUGUAUCCGCCUCGACUCGACACUGCGGGACGGCCGCGAGCGCGGCGAUACCGACGCUGUUCGCAAGCUGCUUGCCGACGGCGACGAGCUGUUCGCGGCGCUGAAAGCGCUGCAGGACAAGUACGACGGCGAGGCGCUCGACGGGAUCUCCGUCGCGCUCGACGUGCCGACCGACCGGCCAAAAGACAUGCAGCCGACGCCGCAGCUCGUGACGCUGUGUCUGCUGUCGUGCUUGUACAACAUGAUCGUCAUCUACCUGUGCCGCAUUCUCGGCCUGCCGCCGCCCGCACGCGCAGCAGAGCGCAUCUACGCCGUGUCGCGUAACCUCGCCGCGCUGCACCCCGACGUCGCGAGCACAGUGUUCCAUCGCCCGCUCUUCUUUGCGGGUCUCGAGGCGAAAGACGAGGAGAUGUUUGAUUGGAUUGUCAAUCGCCUCGGCGAGACGGCGCGCGCAGGCGGAGGACACCACGUACACCGUACCCUCGGCCUGCUGGUCCGCGUGCGCGAGCUCGAGAAGGAAGGAGGGACCAAGCAGGACAUCUCGGCCGUCCUCUUGCGCGAGCAAAAGAAGUUUAUCAUGUAGAAAGGGCUUGCGCCAUGUAUCUUUAGGUUGGGG